AUGGCGGCUCCUUCUCUGCUUGAUCGCCUCAACACUGACGGCUUCUUCGUGGUCCCUUCCGCCCUGUUGCCAGACGAACUCGCCGAGCUCCGUCGGGCCGCCCAGGACACAACGGCUGUGGCCCGCGCCGGCGAAUGGCCUCACGUCCGCACUCUCCCGAAGCAAUUCCCUCCCUGGCCCAAGUCGAGCCCGAACAACUUGCCCAAGGAAGGCAUUUGGGGUGUCCAGGGAAUGAUGCACCCGGACCUGCCCAACAGCGCGGUAUACGUCAAGACGUACUUCUCUGAUGCCGUCAUUGAGCCUACGAAGGAGCUCCUCCAGUGCUCGGACGAGGACCUUGUGAUGGAACUCUUCAACUUGUUGGUCCGGCCAGACAGUGACUUUGAGCUGCGCUGGCACCGGGAUGACAUUCCCGCAACGGCGACGGCUGAAGAGGAGCUCGCCCGGCUCAACCAGCCGGCCUUCUCAGCGCAGUGGAACAUGGCACUCUACGACGACGAGAGUCUCAUCGUUGUCCCAGGCUCUCACAAGCGCGCCAGGACCGACGUUGAGAGAUCAGCGGAUCCCUUCGAAAAGGACAUGCCGGAGCAGCUGUUGGUCAAGCUCAAUGCCGGCGACGUUGUCUUCUACAAUAACAAUAUCCUGCACCGCGGGGCCUACAAGUCCGGCAAGGAGCGCAUGACGCUGCAUGGAAGCGCUGGGCAUGUCAAGGGUAGCUCGCUCAGAGCCCGCAAUGUGCUGCAGCAUGGGCUGAAGGACUGGGUUGAUCGGGUCGAUCUGAGCGCUCUCGGUGACAAGGAGAAGAAGCGAGCGGAGCACAUGCGGGAGAUGCUGGUCAAUAUGGGCCAAGAGGCGGGCGAGGUCGGAUUUUCGCUCGAUGGUUGA